UUCUAUUCAAAUGCGACCCAGUGCUUUACUUAAUUCUGGAUCUUCCCCUGCAACCACCACAUCGGUCGAUUUCGUUUAUGUUUGCUCUGGGAUUCUGAUGUGGAGAUACAUGGGGUUGCAUUAGGCAGCAUCUGUUCCAGGCUGAGUUGGCCACUCCCCUAGAUCUAGAUUUCCACAUCUCCUCAACCAAUUGUUGGGUUAAUACCUUAGUUUGGCCCGAAGUUUCGUGUAAGUGACAAUUGUGGCCCGAUUUUUUCAAUAAGACAUUUAUGGCCUACUUUUCAAAUUAUUGGACAAAUUUGGCCUAUGAAGCGGUUUGACCGUUAGAAUUGACGGUCAAUCAUUUUCUCCAUCAAUGACUCAGCACUGGCUGCUGACUAGACUAGUCCAUAAUCCAUAUCAUUUAAAAAUUAAAAAAAAACAAAAAAAAAUGAAAAGGGAAGUCGAAUGGUCCACCACAAGCAAACCUUUCCCAUUCUUUAUCCCCUUUCUUCCUCCUCUGUUAGCAACUAUCCCAGGGAGGAGAUUGUGAGAGACGGUGAUAAUUUGGAGAUUGAUGAGGAUGAAAGCCGGAGCUCGUCGGAGAGAAAGUUGUACAGGAGAUAAACGGCACGAAGGAGCGGGCAGCGGGGGAGAGAGAGGAAGGGAUGGAGCCAUUGAAGUUGUUGGAGAGGAGGCCGAGGCGGCGGAGCUGGGCGAGUGGCUGGAAGAAGAGCAAAUGAUGUCGCGGCAGUCGCAAGGGGCGAGUGGGAUGGAAGGGUUCCAGCCGUCCAUGGCACCAAGUGGGUCGUGGAGGGCAAGCUUGAAGGCGGUCAAGGCUUGGAACUCGGCGGCGGGGACGACGACGGUGGUGGCGACUACGAGGAGGAGAAGGGGAGGAUAAAGUAGAGGCGGCGGAAAAAAAUGAAAUUAGGGUUUGGAUGGGCUUUGGGGAUUUUGGAUAAUAAGAGGGCUUCAAUUUUAUAUCUUAUUUUUAUUUUAACCGAAUAACAAAAUUAAAAUAAUAUUAUUUAAUGAUGUGGCAAGCCACAUCAGCUACUUUUUGAUGAGUCACUAACGGAAUAGUGUUUGACCGUCAAUAUUAACGGUCAAAGAAAAUUUUGUGCCAAAUUUGUCCAAUAGUUUGAAAAGUAGGCCAUAAAUGUCUUAUUAGAAAAGUCGGGCCACAAUUGUCACUUACGCCAAACUUCGGACCAAACUAGGGGAUUAACCCUUGUUUUUUUAUAGAGAAAAAUAGGACAUGAUCAUCACAGUAACCCUAGCAUCAGUUACCAUCAGUAACUGCGUCAUUCCCCGUCCAUCGCAUUUUCUUGGGAACCAUCAGAUCAUACAAAUUAAAAUACAAGGGGGACAAAAUAGUAAUCCUUCAGCUCUUACAAUUUGAAAAGCAGACGUGACAUUAAACCGUCCCGCCUUCUCUCCUUCUCACACCUCCAAAUAAAAAUCACAUUUCACGCGAUGAUUCCUGCUCCAACUAUUCUUUUUCGCUCUACUUUCUAACUCUCGAUUCGACCUACCGGUCCUCACUUCUCUCACCAAAUCGCACAAAAAACUUCAGAAAACACAUAAGAAACUUCAAUCUCGAAGGAUUUUCGCAAGGUUUUCGAAGAAUCAUUCAACGAUCCACUAUUCUCCCUUGUUCAACGGAAAAAGAAGGGCUUCCAACUUCAACGAGGCUACGCUUCAAACACCGUUAUCACACACAAAAAUCAAGGUAAAACCUCAUUUUUUUCUUCAAACCCUUUCCACAGAAAAAUACAAACAGUUUUUCCGUCACUCUUCAUAUGAAAAUUGAAGUAGACUCGCCACAAUACCAAUAUUUACAAUACAGUGAUGAACUUGUGUUAAACCAUUACCAUAUGGUAUUAAGAUUUAGAAUGCGGUAAAACAAAACUUGUACUGUGCUAUGUUAUAUAUAUUGCAUGUUAUUACCAUAUGGUAAGAUGUGGUAAGCUAUGGUUUGAUGUUAUAAAAUGGAGUAAACCAUAAGUCUUGUUGUGUUUUGGUUUAUUACCAUAUGCUAAGAUGUGAUAAUCUAUGGUUUGAUGUUAUAAAAUGAAGAAAACCAUAAGUCAUAUUGUUUGGUUUAAUACCAUAUGGUACGAUUUGGUAAGUUUGUGGUUUGAUAUUGUAGAAUGGAGUAAACCAUAAAUCCUGUUGUGUUUUGGUUUAUUACCAUAUAGUAAGAUGUCAUAAUCUAUGGUUUGAUGUUAUAAAAUGGAGUAAACCAUAAGUCCUGUU